AACAAACUCAACAAGCGAAAACUGCCAACUCACCCGUUUUUCUUUCUCUCUUCUAGAAAAAAUAAAGAUAUGGAAAUUCCUUAAUUAUACAGCGAGAAUCGGAGCCGCCAGCCUAACUCUUCCAUUUUUGUUCCCUUCAAUAAAUUGUAACUUUAUGAACUAAAUUAUCCUUUCUUCUUCUUCCUCAUUCUUCCGUAACGCUGGAUCUGUUCAAUCCAGGUUCUAGGGUUUCUAAUUCUCUCCAGAAUACGCUUCUUCUCGUAAAUUUCAUACCCACAAGUUCCUUACCAAUCAGUGAUAGAUAAAGCCUGAUCUCAUUCUCUGUUCUAUUUCUAGGGUUUUGACAUCUUUCUAGUCUCCUUUGAGGGGAUUUUGCAACAAGAAAGAGGGAAAAUUAGGGCUUUGGAGUUUGGACCUUGAAGGUCUGUUCUUGUGUUAGGGUUUUCUUCAAUGGGUAGUGGUGGUUGAUCACAUAAUUGGAAGAACUAGAUUGUUAGUAGAAUUCAUUCUUGGUUUAAGGGGAAGAGAAAAUGGCGCCAAUGCUUUUCAUUCUGCUAGCGUUCCCAUGUAUGGUUGGAGCCAUUGCUCUGGCAAUGUUUCACAUAUAUAGACAUCUCUUGAAUUACACUGAACCUACUUAUCAGCGUUACAUUGUUCGCAUCAUCUUUAUGGUUCCUGUACAUGCUCUAAUGUCCUUUCUGUCUCUGGUGUUAAAUGGAAGCUCAAUCUAUUUCAAUUCUAUUAGAGAAGUGUAUGAGGCAUGGGUCAUCUAUAAUUUCUUGUCAUUGUGCUUGGCUUGGGUUGGUGGACCUGGUGCUGUUGUGUUGAGUUUAAGUGGUCGCCUUCUGAAACCUUCAUUUUGUCUGAUGACAUGUUGCUUUCCUCCUAUACCUUUGGAUGGUCGUUUCAUUCGGAGGUGCAAGCAAGGCUGUUUGCAGUUUGUUAUCCUAAAACCAAUCUUAGUUGCAGUUACAUUCAUACUCUACGCCAAAGGAAAAUAUGAAGAUGGAAAUUUUAGUGCCAAACAAGCAUAUCUGUACGUCACCAUCAUCUACACUAUAUCAUAUUCAACGGCGCUCUUUGCCUUGCUCUUGUUCUAUGUAGCAUGUAGAGAUCUGCUUCGACCAUUCAAUCCUGUCCCAAAGUUCGUUAUGAUUAAAUCCGUUGUUUUUCUUACAUAUUGGCAGGGUGUUUUGGUGUUUCUUGCUGCAAAGUCUGGACUAAUAAAGAGUGCAGAGGUGGCUGCUGAAUUCCAAAAUUUAAUAAUAUGUGUUGAGAUGCUUAUUGCUGCUGUAGGCCAUUUCUACGCAUUUCCAUAUAAAGAGUAUGCAGGGGCAAAUGUCAGUGGUGCCAGUAAAGGUUUCACCGGAAGCCUUGCGCAUGCUUUGAAAUUCAACGACUUCUAUCACGACACAGUUCACCAGUUCGCCCCUACUUAUCACGACUAUGUACUAUACAACCACAGCGAGGGUGAUGAGGGUGCAACGAAAUAUCGAUCACGGACCUUUGUGCCCACUGGCCAGGAGAUGGAUGCUGUCAGAAGAAACAAACACAUGUUCGGGAACAAGAUUGAUGAUAUACAGCUAUCCUCCAGCAUGUCCUCGUCUGAAACCAGCAGUCCCCAGAAUCCCAUUGGUACUACGGGUCAGGAUUCAUCUACAGGUCACGAGGCAAUGAAAUCAUCCCUCUUAAUGGAUACCACAAUUUCUUCUGCCCAGGCUUAUGAUAUGUCACUUAUCGACAUGGACUUAUCUGAUUACCCAACCAAGGUUGCUGCAGCAAACAGCAGUGAUGCUGCUAGAUGAUUAAUAAGAGGAACAAACUGAGUACCCUUACGGGUUCAGGGCCACUUGGUUCACUAUUUUUGCGUGCUGAUGUUAAGUCUCGCUUUGCCUUUGCAGUCACAUGUUAAUCGUUGUAAGAUGGAGUUAUUAAAGAAAUGGAAAAUAGAACAGUUCAGUCACUGAAUGGAAUUGUAGUUGGCUUCGGGCUUGUACAUGUAGGCAUUGUGUGUCGUAAUCUCUCUGGGUUUCUUUAUUGGCACAGGAUUCUGGGAUUUACAUUGUUUUACAGGACUGGACAGUAUAUACAAUUGCACAUGUUAAUCAUAUCUAGGGUGAUUCAUUAAUACGAUUUAGCUUUUGUUCAAUGGGAA